AUGGCCCAGGACACCUUCGCCUUCAGCUCCUCGGCGCUGCGGUCGCUGCGGCUGCAGCGGGAGCUGCUGGAGCAGGAGGAGCGGCGCCGGGCACUGGCUCGGGACCGGGCCACGCGCCGCAUCCUGCCCGAGCCCCCGCGGCCCCGGUGCUGCCGGGACCCUGCCGUGCACAACGCCCUGUACAGCGGGGACCUGCAGCGCGUCAAGAGCAUCUUCAGCGAUGAGAGCAGCGCCAACAUGGUCAUGGAGAUGGGCAGCGAGGAGCUGGUGUGGGCACCAGAGCAGGGGCUGUGGGUGCUGAGCCCCCGGCUCCAGCAGACCUCGGCGCUGCGCAUCGUGUGCGCCCGCGGCUUCGUGGCCUGCGCCCGGCUGCUGCUGCUGCGCGGGGCCGCGGUGGACGCGGUGGUGGGGGGCCGGGCCCCAUUGCACGACAGCGCGGCCGCCCCCGACCCCGCCUGCACCCAACUGCUCCUGGACUUCGGCGCCAACCCCAACGUGCUCAGCGCGGACGGCUGCGCCCCGCUGCACCUCUGCACCGCGCCCCACAGCCUGCGGUGCGCGGAGCUGCUGCUGGCACACGGGGCGCGCGUGGGGCUGGAGACGCGGGAGCGCCGCUUGACGCCUCUGCACGUGGCGGCGCGGCAGGGGCUGGCGGCGCACGUGGAGCUGUACCUGCACCACGGCGCCGACGCCUCGUGCCGCAGCCGCCAGGGCGAGACCCCGCUGAACGCGGCCUGCGCCGCCGCCGAGCACCGCGAUGCCGCCGAGCGCUACGGCCCCGUCUGCGAGCGGCUGCUGGCGGCCGGCGCCGACCCCAGCGCCGCAGGCCGCAAGCACCACGCGCCGCUGCACAACGCCUGCGCCAACGGGCAGGCCUGGCUCGUGCGGCUGCUGCUGCGCCACGGCGCCGACGCCACCGCCGCCAACUGCGCCGGGGACACCCCCUUGGACUGUGCCCUUCGCGCCGUCGAGGAGUACCAGGACCAGCGCCCCGAGGACACCAUCGCGCUGCUCCUCGACCACGGCGCCGGCCCCGUCCACCCCAAGAUGCUCAAGUUCUGCUGCCGGCACCCGCCGGCGCUGGAGGUUGUGCUCAACGCCUACGACCGCAUCCCCCCGGCCGAGGGCUGGGUGGACGCUGUGUCCCCGGAGCUGUGGGAGGAGCACCGGGAGUUCUACACCUCUGCCGUGCGCAUGGCGGGGGAGCCGCGGCGCCUGCAGCACCUCGCCCGCUGCGCCCUGCGCCGCAGCCUGGGCCCCCGCUGCCACGACGCCGUCCCCGCGCUGGCGCUGCCGCCCGCCCUGCGCCGCUACCUGCGGCUGCCCCUGCAGGGGCUCAUCCGCUGAGGGACCCCCGGGG